UGGGACAUGGCCGAUGCCGCUUGCUUGGCCCUGAAGCUGCUAGCAGCAAUACGCGAGGAGGAGGCGCGGGCUGUGGAGGAGCUGCUGCGCCUCGGGGCGGACCCCAACCUGGUGCUAGAUGAUGGCGCGGCGGCGGUGCACUUGGCGGCUAGAGCGAGCCACCCGCGCGCCCUGCAUUGCCUUCGGAUGCUGCUGCGCUGGGGCGCGGACCCCAAUGCUCGGUCCGCGGAGGCACUGACGCCCGUGCACGUGGCUGCCGCGUGGGGCUGUCAAGGUGCCCUGGAGUUGCUGCUGAGCCAAGGGGGUGACCCUACACUGCAGGACCAGGACGGGCUCAGGCCCUUGGACUGGGCGCUACAGCAGCAACACCACAACUGUGCACGAGUGCUAUGGGAGCUGGACACACCCACCCGGAAGCCAGAUGAGACCCCAGAGCCCACAGCAGGGUCUCCUGAAGUCUCUGAGGACUCAGAGUUGCACAGACGCAGAGCUGAGCUGGCGAUGGAGGCUGUGGAGGUGACUGUGCAGCCCCAGAGCCCUGCGGCCACCGAAAACUCAGACUGCAGUAGUGAUGCCUCGUUUAUCACCGCGAUGGAGGACUCUCUGGAGCCUAGGCACUCUGGGGAGACACUGGGGCUUGUGGCUGGCCUGUGGGUAACCCGUGGGGCCGUGCCAGCUGGGAAGGGGGCACCCAAUUGCCAGCCACAGGCCAUGACAUUGACCAAAAGGGCUACAGACAAACCCUUACCGCCUGGUGAUGGGGAUCUGGGAGCUUUGCGCCCUCACGGCUCGGUGCCCGCCAUGUCUGACCUGCAGCUCCUCCAGGCCCUGCGGGCGCUGGGCUAUAACCCUGGACCUGUCACGCCUUUCACCCGAGGACACUACCUGCGGUGGCUGCAGGAAGCCCAGGCUAGCCCUGCUGAUACAGGGCAUAGCCCAGAACUGGCGGAGGCUCUAAGGACGGGCACCAUCCCUGACUGCCAGGUGGAUGAGGCAGCCCUGGCGCAGCACUUUCAGCGGCCGGAUCCCUCGAGGAAGUGGCGGGAAGGCAUUACAAAGUCUAGUUUUACAUAUCUACUUAUUGACCCCAGGCUGACGGAGGAUCUGCCUUCCCGGGCCUCUUCCCUCACACUGGCUGAGUGUCUGCAGUGCUUCGUGGGAGCCAUCUUCUAUGUGGGCAAGGGGACCCGUGCCCGGCCACAUGCCCACCUCUGGGAGGCCCUUCGCUACUAUGACCAGCCAAGGAAACAGGUCUGUCCCAAGGUCCGCCGAAUCUUAGACAUCUGGGAUAGCUGUCGGGGCGUCAUCUCUCUGCACUGCUUUCAGCAUGUGGUGGCCGUGGAGGCGUACACGCGGGAAGCCUGUCUGCUGGAAGCCCUAGGUCUCCAGACACUGACCAACCAGAAACAGGGGCACUACUAUGGAGUGGUUGCCCACUGGCCACCCCCUCGGCGUCGGCGUUUGGGGGUGCACCUGCUACAGCGUGCUCUGCGGGUCUUCCUGGCUGAGGGAGAGAGAGAGCUGAGGCCUCAGGACAUUCAGGCUCGAUGAUGAGUGCUCCUGAGCCAUCAAGGCUGAGUGAACAUUGGAUACAUAGUGCUUCUGGAAGAG